UGGCUGCGGGGGCCGCGGCCCCGCACGGCCGCCGCCGCGAUGGCCCAGCAGCAGAUGACCAGCUCGCAAAAAGCCUUGAUGCUUGAGCUGAAAUCCCUGCAGGAGGAACCGGUGGAGGGCUUCCGGAUCACCCUGGUGGAUGAGUCCGACCUCUACAACUGGGAGGUGGCCAUCUUCGGACCCCCUAACACCCUCUACGAAGGCGGCUACUUCAAGGCACAUAUUAAAUUUCCUAUUGACUACCCAUAUUCACCACCUACCUUCAGAUUCUUGACCAAAAUGUGGCACCCCAACAUUUAUGAGAAUGGAGAUGUAUGCAUUUCAAUUCUUCAUCCGCCUGUAGAUGACCCACAGAGUGGAGAACUGCCCUCUGAAAGGUGGAAUCCUACUCAGAAUGUGAGGACUAUCCUGUUAAGUGUAAUCUCACUGCUUAAUGAGCCCAACACCUUUUCUCCAGCCAACAUGGACGCCUCAGUUAUGUUCAGGAAAUGGAGAGACAGUAAAGGAAAAGACAAGGAGUACGCUGAGAUCAUUAGGAAACAGGUCUCGGCCACUAAGGAUGAAGCAGAAAAGGAUGGAGUGAAGGUCCCCACAACCCUGGCAGAGUACUGCAUCAAAACUAAAGUGCCUUCCAAUGACAACAGCUAAGAUUUGCUCUAUGACGACUUGUAUGACGACGACAUCGAUGAUGAAGACGAGGAGGAAGAAGAUGCCGACUGUUAUGAUGAUGAUGAUUCUGGGAAUGAGGAGUCGUGACAUGUUCCUUCAGUGCCCCUGUACUGCCCUGACUUCUCGGGCCAAAGGGAGGGGAGCAAGUGGGGAUCUAUGGUGGCCCCUCAGCAAAAACUUACUCAUGGGGUGGGGAAACACACAGCUCCAGCUGACUCCCCUGCGGAUCUCAGUUUGCUCCUUUUUAUGGACCUUACUGGAGAGAAAGUGCCCUCCACGGAAUGUCUGAAUUCUUGCGUUCUUGACCCUCUCAUCACUGUAUUGAUUCUUUUUAAAAAACAAAAACAGCCACCACCCUUCAAACUCCCACCUCACUUCAUCUCUGCAGAAUGUUCACAGCAAAACACGUUUGUCUGUUUUUAGAUUCUCGAAGAUUAGUCUGUUUAAGACAUUAAUGUGUUUAAAGCUGGGGACCACUGGGAGUCCACAAGUGCUGCAUAUAUUGGGUAGCAAAAGAAAAUGGGGGAAAAAAAACACAAAACAAAAAACAACAACAAACAAACAAACAAACAAAAAAACCCCACAAAACAAACUUCAAAAAAAAAAAAAAAAGCCAAUUUGCCAAGGUUUAGCUGCUCCUUUCCAUUAGUGCAUGUGCAUUUGUUCAGUCCCGUGGUGGUGAAUUUUGUUUCUUUCCCUUCCUAAGGCUGGGAUGCGGUGGGCAUCAGGGACUUACUCUUGCUAAGCCUGAUGAAAUGUGCUGCUUCUGCCUCUGUGACAUCGUCCCAACAUGGAGGCUACAGCUACUCUGAGGAGAGAAAUCAGAUUUUGUUUUUUGGAAUCGAUUGGAAUCUAAAGCCUGAAAUAAAUAUUCAUACUUUACAUAGAA